AUGCACCCGUCAUUCCACGUGUCUCUCCUUCGCCCAUACACCGAUCCCAAUGCCACCUUCUCGGGCCGUGAUCGCACUCCACUGCCGGUAGCUGUUGACACCGACGAGCCCGACUACCAGAUCCAGCGCAUCCUCAGGCACCGUCGCCGUCUCCAGGGGGGUGUCACUUUCAUCGACUUCUUGGUUCGUUGGCGUGGUUACGACGCAGCAGACGACAGCUGGGUUCCUUCGUCCUCGCUGUCUCCUGACAACGCUUGCCUCCAAGCGUACCUUCAGUCUGCAGGCGCCGCGGACACCAUUGCCACCUUCACCGGCUUGAGAGCCGCCCCCGCGAAGGUUGCCGUCGCCAAGUCCGUGGUUUCCUUCACCCCCCGGGCGCAGAGGCUUUCCAUCUCCUGCGCUGCGUCCCCAGACACCCUGACCAAGGUGCGGGGCAUCAUCGCGCAGCAGCUGGCUGUUGAGGUGGAGAAGAUCACCGCCGAUGCCAAGUUCGUCGACCUCGGCGCCGACUCCCUCGACACCGUGGAGAUCAUGAUGGCGCUGGAGGAGCAGUUCGACAUCACCCUCGACGAGGAGGGUGCUGAGAAGAUCUCCACCGUUCAGGAGGCCGCCGAUCUCAUUGAGGAGCAGGUUGCCAAGGCUUAA